AGCGUUCUCAAAAAUCCCAAACCCUCUCGGCAGCGGCCGCGCGUCGAAUUUCCUUCGAAAUUAGUAACUUCGGGAAAAAGUGUAUAGAUGGCAACGAAACUGGUGCAACUUCAGUCGAAGGCCAAGCAUGCUUCUCAGUUUGUGGCCAAGCAUGGAUGCGAGUACUAUAAGCAGCUGAUGGAGAAGAACAAACAAUACGUUGUGGAGCCGCCCACUAUUGAGAAAUGCCAAGAGCUUUCAAAGCAGCUCUUCUACACCAGACUUGCAAGCAUUCCUGGUCGGUAUGAAUCUUUCUGGAAGGAGUUGGAUGGUGUGAAGAAUAUUUGGAGAAAUAGGCAUGAACUGAAGGUUGAGGAUGCUGGUAUUGCCGCUUUGUUUGGGAUUGAGUUGUAUGCAUGGUUCUGUGUUGGUGAGAUUGUGGGAAGAGGGUUCACUUUCACUGGCUACUAUGUCUGAUCAGGCUAUAGUUUCACCAAUUUGUUCAUUUAGUUCCCUUAAUGAGGUGAUAAGAGAUCUCAGUCUCUUUCCACAUGACAAAUUUUGUUUCAAGCACCAUUUCUGAAGUUUGGUGUUUCAGUAAAACAAGCAUCAUUGCUGCAAUAAUCUCCUGGCCUUGUUUGUUUCGAGUGCACUCCAAUACUAUGAAUUGGCUCAAUUUGCUAUAUUUUGCAUUCUUGCUCCUUGGAAUUGCUAAACCUUGAUGGAUUGACUUUAUCAAUCUUUUCAUUAUGCA